AAGAGACCGAUCGAUCUCCACCGCCCAAUCCAUCUCUUCAAGAAACUCCGUUUCUGUGGGGGGUAUUCCUCCCCAGAUUUUUUUUUCUUGAGAGAGAGAGAGCGUUUGGUUCGUUUCGGGCUAGUUCUUCCCCCUACUUUUUCUUGUCCACAAUGGAAGACAUUACAGAUGGAGUGAAUAACAUCAGUAUCGUAGAUUCGAACAAGAAGAAUUGGAUUCAGGUCUCCCAUACCAAGAAGCCGCUUUUCUUCUAUGUUAAUCUCGCUAAGAGGUACAUGCAGCAACUUAAUGAGGUUGAACUUUCCACCCUUGGAAUGGCUAUUGCCAUGGUUGUCACCAUUGUCGAGAUCUUGAAGAACAAUGGACUGGCUGUUGAGAAGAAGAUCACAACAUCUACUGUUGAUACAAAAGAUGAAUCAAGAGGGCGACCCAUCCAGAAAGCAAAGAUUGAGAUUUUGCUUGGGAAGACGGAGAACUUUGAUGAGUUGAUGGCCACUGCAGCAGAGGAAAGGGAGCUUGGGGAUGGAGAGGAGUAAAGCUGAGUUGGAUGGAUGUUCAUCAUGCAUCUGUUUUGUCGUUCUUAAUGCGCUUUGCUGAUCGGUUUUCCUUGACUCUGUGACAUUUGAGUGAGAAUGGCCAUUGGAAUGGCAUUGUAAUUGUCCCUGAAGUCAGUAGUGAUGACUGAUGACUGCAGGGACAAUUACAACCACUCUGAAUCUCUGUCUCCAAACGCUGCGUUAUGAGCCUCAAAGAAGGAAUCGUGGGAGACAAGGAGGGGACCAGCGGCAAACUGCAAGACUUCGUUAGAGAUGUAGAGGGAGGACUUCAGAGAAUCAACGUUGGAGAGGAGGGAUCGGAGGUCAUCAGCGGCCAUGAUGAAGCCCUGGUAGUGUUCUUUACAAACCUCCUCGAUCUCUGACUCCGUGGACUUUGUGAAGGAUGGUUUUCUGGUUUACCUGAGGCAAAGGAUUUGCGUACAAAAGGGCCUAAAUCUUUGCCAUUGCAGAUGGCGGCAGAGAGAAGAAGUUGGUUAAGCUUGUCCGAAGACUCCCCAUCGUUGGCUAUAGGAGCGACUUUGCGUCUUAUCCCUGAUGUCUGCAUCUCUCGUUGUUUUCGCUUUGCUAAUCACCCGUGAACACAGAAAAGUUUAGAUGGCAUCUACCUACUCUCUGGAUUGCUGAGAAUAUUUUGUAGUAGCAGAGAGAAAUAGAGAGAAAAAGGAGGAACCACCAUGUAAAGAACAAUGGAGGAGUUCUUCUUCUGCAAGCAAAAGAUUGAAGAAGCAGGAACCACCAUGCGUAGCUUCCAAUUGUUGCGCCGUCCGUCACUCGAGGCACUGGUUGACGCUCGUUGCUCGUUGCUCGUUGCUCGUUGCUCGUUGCUCGUUGCUGUUGAUCGCUCGUCGCUGCUUUAGCCUUAGUCUACUUGCAAGUGAGAACGAAAGUGAAGAUGAGUUAUUCACUCAUCUUAAUGGGUAUAAUGAUCCAUUUACAUUUCAUAGGGGUGAUUUGGGUAUUAAAAUAAUAUUUUGAAAUCUU